AUGAAUAAAAGAAAAAGUGUAUCACAAUCUGAGUAUGCUAAAACUAUUGGGAGUCUUAUGCUUUUAAUGAACCAUACUCUGCCAGAUAUUGCCUAUGCUAUUAAUAGACUGUGUAGAUAUACCCAUAACCCAAGUAGUGAAAAUUGGAAUGCUCUUAAGCAUCUGCUGAAGUGCCUUAAAGGUACGAUGAGUUGGGGAUUGCAAUUUGUUGGAUACCUUGCAGUCCUAAAGAGAUAUUGUGAUGCAAACUGGGUAUCUGAUAAUGAUGAGGUUAGCUCUACCAGUAGCUAUGUGUUUACUUUAGGUGGAGCAACCAUUUCUUGGAAGUCUGCUAAACAGACGUGUGUUGCUCGCUCCACCAUGGAAUCAGAGUUUAUAGCUCUUGAUUUUGCCGAGAAAUAG